AGCGAGACUAGGAAUUGGAAGUUAGAACUGGGUCAGCAAUCCUCAUCAUCAGUUCAUCAUCUACCAUAAACCCAUCAUCAUCCUUUAAUAAGUCCUCCAGUUGACCUCAUCACUUGCUCUUCUUUUGCCUUUUUCUCUCUCUCAAUCUGCUCUCUGAACUCUGGGUGUGCUUCAAAGCCUUUGAGAACCGAACAGAUGGGUUUGUUGGUUGUGGAAGAUUAGGGAAGAGCAGGCUUGAUAGAGUUAUGAAAGACUUUAUUCUUGAUUUUGAGUACUUGGCAGUGGGAUUGGAUUGGUAUUUUGGGGAUUUUUUCCACCUUGUUUCAGAUGAAUUGCUAGCUUUCUGUAUGGUCUUUGCCUCUUUAUCUGAAGAUCUUCUUGUCCAUUUUUAUUCCCAAAUCUUGAUUGCUUAAGUUAAUUUCCUACAAAAAUGGGAACUUUAUUGCUGUGAGAGUGUGAUUCUGAAAGUACUGUACUUAACUUGUUAGUGAAGAAAUUUCCUCCAAAGAUUGAAACUUUAUUGUUGUGAAAUUGUGAUUCUGAAGGUACUUGUUGCUGAAGAAAUUUCCUCCAAAAAUCGAAACUUUAUUGUUGUGGAAUUGUGAUUCUGAAGGAUAUGGUUUUGGUGGCUUGGUGCUAGGGAGAUUGAGGUGUAUUGGUGGUUUGAGAGAUUUGAUUAGGUAGUAUAGAUUGAAGAUUGAAAUCCGUCGAUUUCAUAGAUGGAUUCAUCGAAAAAAGGUGUUAGUUAUUGCUCGGUAACGAAGGGGGGUCGAGUUUUAUACACAUACAAUGAGGGAGGGCUUGAGAUUGAGAACUUGGCUGCGCUAUGCUUAGAGAAGGCGCCUCCCCACCACAGAUGGUAUUUCCAGACGAUGGGUAAAAUGACGUUUUGUUUUCUAAUGGAAGAUGGCUAUGUUUAUUUCGCAAUUGCAGAGGAGGCUCUUGGAAAUGCGGGAGUUCUUCGGUUUCUUCAGAACCUGAGACACGAAUUCAAGAAGUUUGCGAGGAGGGGUUCUAGCAGGAGCAUGUCGAGUCUGAGCUCGCUAAGUUCUGUCCAGGAACAGCUAGUUCCCGUCAUUCGGAAUCUGAUUACCUCGCUGGAGCAUGUCUCGGGCGGUGACACCGACUGGCCUGCCGGUGGUUCCUCCCCGAAUCGAGAUGACGUCUCCGCCUCCGAUGCAAACGGGCAAAUCGAGGGCGGUUCCUCGACGAGAGCGCCUCUAUUGAGCAAGUCUGGCAAGUACGACAAGAAGAAAAAGAAGGAGCACGCUAUUGCUAUGAGGGAUAUCGAGAUGGAGGAGCACCGGAUGUCUACGGACAGGGCUAGGGGAGUUGAUUCAGGAGCCCGGGAUUGUAACAGCUAUGGUGCAGCGGGCUCUCCACUGUCCUUAACGAAGGAAUUUGGGUCGGGAAGGACGAGGGCAACUAACCCGAACUUCCAAAAGAAAUGGUGUCGCCUAGUUAGGAUUAUUCUCGCUGUAGAUGCUGCCGUCUGUCUCCUCCUCCUCGUGAUAUGGCUAGUGGUAUGUGAAGGAACAAAAUGCCUCAGCUGAAACCCGAACUCUUCCUAUACAUUUCUUUCUGAUCGAAAUUUUCUUAUGAUGAAACGCUGCAAGGUAAGACCAAACGGAAAGGAGGCAUUGGCAUAUCUACAUCAAGCACAAUAUACACCCCGGCAUAUAUCAACUAUAAACCUCGUUUGUACAGAAACCGUGAGUUUGUAUACAACAUGAACCCGGUAGAACUCAAAGGAGUCGAAGCGAUUAUUGGAUCAUCGCAGUUCCUUUACAAUAAUUUGGUUUGUUUUGGCUGCACCUUUUGAUGUUGCAUUAUUAGAUGUGUGCAAAAAUCUCAGCUUGCAAUAAUGAGAAUGAUAUGAUGCUGCCCUUCUUGCAUUUA